GCCAACAUUGACUUUAAUUUUCAUUUCCAAUUUUCAAACAGGAAAAGACUUUCAAAGUCGAAAAGCUUGCAGAACGCACAGUGUCUUUCUCUGGGAAAGACUGCGUUUUCGCUACAAAGAAUGGAAACACAACACUCCAACCCUCAACUCUUCACCUCGUCUCGUCCUCGAGACAAAAAACGCAAAAAGCGCCCUGUUGAAACUGCAAAUUGGACACUUCAAAAGAAAGCUCUGACGUUGAAAGGAAAGAACUAUCUGCAUGCAUCAUUCAACUACUUUCAAGAUUAACUACUGUAGGCAUCAAACACAAAGUAGUCCGUCUCUCUCACAUACCUGAUAGACUGAUUGGUCGUUGCUUUCUUUGUCCUUAUGUUGUAAAACGACGAUUUUCAUCUCGUUAUAUUGAAAUAUCCUCUAUCGUCGUGAAAAGGAACCAAAAGCUAGUCAUCGUCAUUCUUGCAUCUAAAAAACUAUCCUGCAUCAAGUCCUCCAAAAAGUCGUUUCUCAGAUUAUUAAAUGAUAAUAGCCAAAAAGUAGUGCUCAUCAAUCAGACUAGAUUAUCGGUUUGAUCAUUUUUCCAUAAAGGACAGAACGAAGUAAGUACUUUUCAAGGAAAACAAACCAAAAUGCCCCUUUUGCGCAAAAAUACGAAGACUAAAGAGCUCCCGGUGCGCAAGCCACCGGUGUGGCGCGCUCGGUUGCGCACGAAACGCGCCAAGCCUGGCCAACGUGCGCUCGAAGCGGUCCGAUUUUAUCAGGGCAAGGUGUGUCCGACAUUGUCGCUUUUGUGCCAGACUCACGUCCGCAGAUUCGCGAAGCUGUGGCUGGAAUUGAACGGCCAACAAAUAACUGAUUCGUUCUAUACGUCCAGUCCGCGAGGAACCUCGAAGAAUGUGCAGGCCAAAUUCACCGCUACCGCACUCGAAUUGUUGGCGGUACAACGCCUUUGAUUUUGAUAUUUUACUGAGUUGCUUUAAUUAUUCUCUUUACAGGAGCGUGUUAGAGUUAGGCUUUGCAAUUGCAGGAGCAAGGUCGAUAGAAUAAGGGUAAGAACACAUCAUACAACAACAACUACAACUUACUCUUCCGACAAACUUGGAUCGCGAUCGCUUCGUCACAAACAUAAACAAUAACUUGAUUGAUUCUGAAAACAAACACCUACUCAAACUACAUCAGACUCGCACUGAGGAUGGUAUCGGAAAACUGAUCACUGCAGCUCAAACGAUAGCGUUUUCACGCACCAACCAGACUUUGCAAUUGAAGGAUCUCAAGUCGGCUCGUGCUAUCUUGAGUGCGGAGACGGUGUCGGCAAAGAAAAAUGAGCGUGGGCGCGUGCAACUUCUCACGGAAGAUCGAAAAGACCCGUCAUCUUGGUGGGCACCAAACAGCAAACAAACGCUACCGGGCUCAAAAAUCAGGUAUGUUUACGUUAGUUUUAGAACUGUUUUGAUAUUAUUGAUCUUGAUGAUAUUGAUGCUGCAUUCAUUCCGACUGUGUCUUUAACAUGCUCCUCCCUCUAGGAGUAUUUAAUACAAGUACUCCCUGUCCCUGUCCCUACUCGUAUUGGCCAUAAAUUUGAAUUUUUACGUGCACAAGAACAAGUUACGAUCCCAAGGCUAAGGAGCCCAACAUCAAUUAUUAAUUGUCACUUCCAGUGAGGAGCUGCGGGAGGUCAAGUUUCCGAGUGAUGCUGAUUUGAAAAAGGUGUUGCGACGCAACGGCGUCGUGCGUGUCAGCGCUAAGGUUUUUCCCGCUCUACGUGCUGCCUUCAAGGAUUCUGCUGCGAACCUGCUCAGUGCCGCUGACGCACUUAGGGACCACGCACGCAAGCGAAUCAUCAGCAGAACACACGUUCAAAACGCAUACAAAAAGGUACCCUAUCUUUAGUCUUUGUCAACAAUGCUCACGCUUGGCCUAACCGCUUACUUACAGUCUUAUCUUGUGCCUACUCUAGUAUGGUGCAGGACUAGUUCCAGUUCCAGGAUUUUCUAUUCAUAUAUUUAUAUAUAACUUUCUGCCUUAGGUAAACAAGGUCAACGUCAUCAAGGUGUGCGUAUUUUAAAAGACUUGUAAAAAAGUGAGCCAAUGAUCGUGAAUACCCAUUUUCUUAACAGGUGAUUGCCGCAUAAUGGAAAGGUGCAUGAUUAUGCAGAUGCUGCACCAGAACCAGAUGUAUUAAAAGUAAAUGUACCUAACAAAAGUAAAAAAAUCGCUACAUGAAAAAAGUAGAACUCGGCGAAUGCAGUGGAGCACGAAGAAGAAAUAGCAGGAAAAAGAGAAGGAGAUACAGCCUUCAGCAAAGAGGUUUCUGGAAUGAAAGGGCAACAGACCAUCAAGGGAACCUGUCAAAGCAGAAAACAUCCUGGUGGUUUUUAACUAGAAUGAAGCCGAUCGCAAUGCUUAGCCUGUGGGAAUUGUUAAUCUCGUUGAGGCACUAAAGACCGACUAAGACCGAAUGAAUUUGAAUUUGAAAGCUAAUUUUAAUGUUUGAUGUACUUGUCCGGAGUCUCUCAUUACUUACAUGUUAAUGUAUGCUUGUUUGUUGGAGCAGAAAAUCUCUGAUCUCACUUGAUUGUACAUUAAAUUGAAAAUGUCUUAGGAGAAGCAUUGAGGAGUAAAAAUUGGGGGUAGCAUAACAUCAAUUGAGGUCGUUUGUAGAGAAUACUGUAGAAGCAAGUCUUUUUCGUUUCGAAUUCAAAGGCAGGAGGAAAAUCAUGAGAAUGUAAAUGUUGAGUAAGAGUAAUAAGUAUGUUAAGGUUAUUAAAGAUUGUGCUGUGCGGACGAUUGCCCUUUGAUUCAUUAUCGUUUGAAUCAUCGGCAAAGACAAGCAAAGAAGUACAACAUGUGUCGUUGGAUCACCAAGACCAAGCUUGACUAUAGUCACCACACAAACAAUGGCACAAGCGCAAAAGUGGAGCGGAGUAGAAGCGACUGGCGGCAGAAACGUAUCAGCCUCUCUCCCCAGACGAUCAUUUUCAUAUUUUGUCUCUUGUACGGAAAACCGUGGCGGACGCGUACAAUACAGUGAUAUUCCGUCUUCGUUCCCCUAUUAACAUCGGUUUUGAGACUCUGAAUCAAUAUUGUCGACAGACGACGAUCGAUAUGCUGACGUGAAAGAUAUUGACUGGAAUUUUGCAUACCUUCGUGAAAACGAGAUUAUUUCAGCAGUUCUUCGAAC